UGACAAUGCAUUGACAUACCAAAGGGCUUAUAAAUAUAAUAAACGGGAGUAACAAUCAGGAAGGACAGAAGAAUGACCUCGUAUUUCGAUGAGCAUGACUGCGAGCCGACGAUCCCCGAAGAGCAGUAUCGUCAGAACGCCCUGCUGGAGUUAGCCAGGUCGCUAAUGCAGGGUUUGGAUAUCGACCCCGGAUCCUUUGACGCGUCAGACUGGGACCAACGGCUACCGCCACCAGCAGCACGAGCCGUGGUCCAGAGCUUGCCUGUGGUCGUCAUAACUCCCGAGCAAGCGGAUAAAGGACUGAAGUGCCCGGUGUGUUUGCUGGAAUUUGAGGAGCAAGAGACUGUUAGAGAGAUGCCAUGUAAGCAUCUCUUUCAUUCAGGGUGUAUACUUCCCUGGUUAGGCAAGACUAAUUCAUGCCCACUGUGUCGCCACGAACUACCCACAGACAAUCCUGAUUAUGAGGAAUUCAAGAAAGACAAGGAAAGGAGAAAGCAGAGAGAACACAGACUGGAAGGUCUACACGACGCCAUGUACACAUAACGGUGCAAUCGCGGGUAAACCCGGAACAUGAGAAAUGCACUAAAGACAAACUGCGGAUGGAUGUCAGUCAGAUGAAAAUGACAAUAAAUAGUGCAGGGACCAGGCUUACAAACCUUUUCUUUUCUUCUGCUUUAACAAAGUCUCUUAAAUGUGAAUGCUUUUGAACUUCUUUUUAUAUGCAAAUACAUUCUGAAACCAUUGAAUAGUGUAUGGUUAUUAUUAUGUAUGGGACCACAUGCUGCUCCCAGUGAAACAGCCAUAGAAAUGUCUCAUUUUGGUUUGAUGUUUUAUUGAGUUGGAACAUUCAUUUGUCAUCCUAUUGAAGAGUCAAUGUAUAGUCAACCAUUUAAAGAUGUCUGUUUUUUUAAAUGGUUUUAAAACAGUGCUGUAAUGCUGCAUACUGAGAUCU